AUGAAAAAUGUCAGCAUUUUUACUGAGUUUGUCCUCCUGGGAUUGUCCGGGGACCCUCAGAUCCAGGCUCUGCUCUUCAUGCUGUUUCUGGGGAUCUACCUCCUGACCUUGAUGGGGAACCUGGUGAUGAUUCUGCUGAUCAGAGUUGAUUCUCACCUCCACACCCCAAUGUACUUCUUCCUUGGACAUCUGUCCUUCCUGGAUCUCAGCUUCUCCUCAGUCACGGUACCCAAGAUGCUACAGAACUUCUUGUCUCGGAAGAAAAGCAUCUCCGUGUGGGGCUGCAUCACCCAGAGUUUCUUUUUCACUCUCUCUGGGGGGACUGAAGCCUGCCUUCUUUCUGCCAUGGCCUAUGAUCGCUACGCCGCCAUCUGCCACCCGCUGGUCUACAACGUGGUCAUGAGCAGGUCUCUCUGCACCGUAAUUGUGAGCAUAGCUUGGGUCGUAGGGUUUCUGGUCUCCUUGAUAAACAGUCUCUUCAUACAGAACUUACAUUUCUGUGGAUCCAACAUCAUUUCUCACUUCAGUUGCGAGCUGCCUCCACUCUUCCCAUUGUCCUGCACUGAUCCCACUGCCAAUGUGAUUCUUCUCGCUGUGUCAUGUGCAUGUAUGGGGCUGCUGACCCUUCCCCUGAUCCUCUUCUCUUACUCCAGAAUCAUCUCUGCCAUCCUGAGAAUCCGCUCCUCGGAGGGCCAAGGCAAAGCCUUCUCCACCUGUUCCUCCCACCUCACAAUAGUGCUUUUGUUCUACGGAACAACCUUUUUCAGGUACCUAAUCCCCCCUUCAGGCUCCAUUCUGGAGCAAGUGGUCUCCAUUCAGUACAGUGUGAUCACGUCCUUGCUGAACCCCCUCAUCUACAGCCUCAAGAACCAGGAGGUGCAGGCAGCGUUGCAGAGGAUGAUAAGACAACACAAGUGUCCUUCUGGGUAA